CGCUUUCAUUUCAAUAUGGCAGUCGAAGGAAUUGUGAAGUGCUUAAGAGCCUGUGUUGCUUUCUUCGGGGGUUUUGUGUUGGGGCAGCUGUACUAUAACUUUAUGCUGAGCGACUUGAUGUCCUACGACGUGGGAUGUGUUGUAUCUAUAGUUCUAAGUGUAACCCUUGGUUUAUUAAAUGUAGCCGCAAUUCAAAUACGAUGCAUUUCCUUCCUGACUAUUCCUAUGUACCUCGGCAAGGACGGGCGCCGCGUGUUGAAGGGACUGAUACUGACUUAUGUUGUUGCAGGGCCCAUCAUGAACAUGAGUUUAAACGCUCGCGAGGUGGUGAGAGUAUUCGCGUGUAGCAACGAGUUGGCCCAUAACCUGUCCGGUGUGCGGGAUGCACUGAUCGCGCGCCCGCUGCGUCAAACUGUAGAGGGGAUGGAUGACGAGAUCAAACAAGCUGCAGAUACUCUGAAUUACUUCCAAGACGUGACUGCGCCAAUAGAAAGCGAAAUCGAACUAACCACCGAGCUGCAUCAAAGCGCUGAACUGACGCGUACAGCCGACGAUUUGAUUCAAGGGAAUCGCUCCGGUCACAUCGAGUGCAAAUACCAAAUUUUACCAAAAGACCAAUCAACUGAGGUGUACCAGAAAGAAUAUCUCAAGAAAACGGAAUACCGCUGCAACAACGUCUUGUCUGCGGCCGUGUCGCGCAGCCAAGAGCAGAUGUUACAGACGUGGCAGGGGUGCGCCGACAAGCUGCCGUGGAACGUCGCGGCUGUGUUUUGCGCGCCGCUGAUGACGCGAGCGGCACGUGACGUGCCAAGCGCGCUGGGGGCUGGCAUUUGUGAUAGCAGAACGCAGAUAUCUGCAGGGUUAGGUGUUGGUUACGCGGCCCUCAAAGAAGCCAAGGCCGAGUUAAUAAAAGGUCCCGAUGAAAUAGUUGUAAGCUACCAAGAACCGAAUGAAAAUGAUGCAUAUGCUGAUGUUCAGGCCGCGAAACAGACCGGCGACCGCGUAAAACAAGCCUUCGAAGAAAAAUUUUCAGUUAUUCAGAACGCCCUCACCGUAGUAAAUGUGUGCCAAGCCAUACUGUUCCUGCGGAUAGCCGUAGCAGCACAAGCUUAUCACGAUUUGUUCCUCACGAACACCGACUUUGAUAACGUGUACAUCACCGACUUGUUUAGAAAAAUCGAGAGGCGGAGGCUUAUGAGGAGUCAGUACACGCUCUUGCCUUUGAAAAAGAUGGAGCGCAGUCGCUACGUAGACGUAUACUCGCUAGCAUACUCCACGGCAGACCGCCAUCGGUUGCUGGCGCAGAUGCUCAAGGUGCUGCUAGAAGUGGUGACAGCUACCACGUUCGUGAUGCUGGACCGGCUGUUCUAUGAGGCGCUGGAUGUGGUGAGCCAGCAUGCUAGGGUGGAAGGCGAGUCUGGCACUCGGGAUUUGGAGAUUGAGGUGGAAGGGACAGGAAUCGUAGCCAACACUAUCCGCGCGAUGAUCUCGCACCUCCGUACAAGUCACGUGCAGGGCACGGCGACCAACACUUGCUUGCCUCACCCACGCAUAAUGCCAGCCAUCUUCUAUUUGCGAAUCUACGGGGGAUAUCUUUGGGUGCUGCUGCUCCUCUGCCUCAACCCUUAUACCUCGCGAUUGAGAAGGCUGAUCUGCAGCUACUUCUACCCGCGGCGCGAGAAACAGCGAGUGUUGCACCUCUACAAUGACAUCCUAAAGAAGCGCAUUAAAUUGGACGCCACUCUUCGAAGAAAGGCUGUCCAGGCAAUACGGGCCCACUAUCUUUCCGGCGAGAGUCUCCUGCUUCGCUUCCCAAAUAUUUUGGGCUGGCUGCGGCUGUUACCAGCGGCCAGAAUGGCUUGCUUGAUCUGCGGCGAGAUAGAACCCAGGAAUGCUAAAAGCGGGUGGAAGGCGUGUGACAUUCCGAAGUGUCCGUUCCUGUACUGCGGGGAGUGCUGGCUCGAAGUCCGCGGACGCUGCCUCGCGUGCGACCCCAACCUCGCCGAGCUGAGUGACCAAGACUCGCUCAGCGACGAUGAGUUACCCGUAUAUUGA